GGUUACUUUUAUUUAGAAUUAGUCCUUCAUUGUUCUUAGUUAUCAAAGUAGAUAAUAGGUAUAAGUAGUUAAAGAAAAUAUCACGGAUACAUUUUAAAAAUACAGCUUAGUUAUGGGAACGCACGAACAUACAUAGAACGUACCUUAAAAAUCGAUGUGCAGUUGUCAAUGUCACGUCAAGUGUCAUUAAUGUAAUUAUUAAUUAUGAUUGCCUGAGUAUCAAAUAAACAUUGACUUACAAAUUACUUCAUACUCGCUUUACGGGAUCUACAAAACACUAGUGCGAGCCAGUCCUGAAUCGUAGUCCAUAUGCAUACUACGCAAACCAAUAGUCACGUAGGAUGAUAUAAAAAUGCCCCGUUGCGCCAUAUAAGGCAAAAACAUUGAUAGACAAAUUACAUUUUAUUGCGCUUGAACAAGGGAGUGCACCGAACGUGUCGAGUCACCAACGCGUUACACUCGCGUGAGUUACCAUCGAGCGAGUCCCUAACUUGAACAAGAGUCCAAAAUGCCAACGUGCGUGAUACGGUGGUGCAGCAACUACCCGAAUAUUGCGAACAAAGCAGCCGGCGUCACAUAUCAUUCGUUCCCAAGUAAAGAGCCAAUCCGCGAGAAAUGGACUAAGAUAAUUCGGAAGCAGCGCAGCGAUCCAGACUGGAUGCCCUCAAUAAACAGCAGGGUUUGCUCGCAACAUUUCGAAGAGAAAGACAAAUAUUUCACGCAGAAAGGCAUCGCCAAACUUCAUAGCACUGCCGUUCCUGUUUUGAAGAUGAGUAAGCAGGACGCACGCUCAGUCCCGUCGAAAGUCCCGGAAACCUUUCCCUGGCAGGACCACGAUAGCUCUGAUCAUGAAGUGACCAAUGACGAAUGGGUCCCAUUAGUGUCCCGCCUCGAGCAGUGUCGCUUCUGCGGCGAUUUCUCCAAUACCUGCCUUUAUAUCACCGAUAACAAGCCUUACGUCAAUAACCAUAAGACCGACUUUACCUUAAACGGUAUUUGUGUAAACCUAGACUUUAGUAAUGAUUACCUGCCAAAUACUGUUUGUAGACAUUGUGAUGUUAAGUUACAAGAGAUAGCAGAGUUUGUUAGUGUUGUCAAAGCAGCUCAGGAUUCGCUUAUCAUCGUUACUGAUGAUUAUGAAAAUCAAGAAAAUAAUAGUAAAGAGAGUGAAGAAAAUACUAUAGUUAUUAAAAUUGAACGUGAGUUACCAACACCUGAAAAAGUUAAUCCAAAUGAUGUUAGGCUAUUCGAUGAUGAUACGAAUGAAACUGAAGUUAUAAAAGUAGCUGAAGAUACAAUUGAAUCUAAUUUUAAUAAUAAAAGGAAAGUUAAAGUGUAUGCUAACAGAAAACCUAAGAAAGCUAGAGUCAGUAAAAGACAAAGCAAAAAUGAAGUUUCACUUGACAAUGAAGAUGGACAUGAACAUGAUUUUAUAGGUGAAGAAACAGUUGAAAUAGGUUCAAAUAGACGAAAGAGACCUAAAGAUAGUAAAGAUGGAAUAAAUGAAAUCUAUAUUGAAAUAGAUGUAAAGAAAGAAAUUAUUGAGAGUAAUGAUGUAUGCAUGGAAGAAGAAUCUGAAGUUAGUAAGAACAAAGAUUGAACCUAGUAAAAUAUAAUAUGCAGCUUAUGUGUUACAUAUCAGACUUUUCGUUACAUGUUCGAGUUAAAAAAGUGUAUAGACAUUUUUUAUAUCGUUGAUUGUACUCGUAGCAAUUGAUUAGUGAUAAACAAGUGACGUUUUAAAAUAAAAAAAUACCUACAGUAAAAUAAGUUUUAUUUAGAAAACUACCCUAGCAUAAUAAUAGUUACUUAUUUGUUUCACAAGGGGGCAAAGUUGUUAUUUAAACCCUCGUGCUAAUAUUGAUAUACGGCCAAAGAAAGAUUCCAAAAUUGAACCACGAGCGUAGCGAGUAGUUCGAAUUGAUAUUUCAAGGCUCGUGGGUUAAACAAAGUGCCUCCGAGUGAAACAAAAAAA